AUGAGGGGUCACCAAGCCGCAAGUCACGGUCGCCGGAGCGCGACGACGACACAGUGCAGUACGGCUCUGGAGUGCGCCAAGGCCGCAAACGUCUUCGAGGUCUUCCUCGAAGAACCCAGCCACAGCCGAUCGACCGGCGCGGAGUGGGACAAGAAGGCAACGCGAGUCAUGUGCCAAGGUGGCGUGGCUGAGGACGUGGACAUGGGAGAAGAUACUGGAGUCCGUCUGCUGAACGCGCCGGCUAUUUCCCAGCCGCCUAUGUUCAAGGGGUCAACGAAGGCCGAACGUCGGGGGUUCAUGCGAAAGUAUCAGCGGUAUACCUCGCAGAUUGAGGCAUUGCAGUCGACCGUCCAGCGGCCGUUCCUGAUGCCUGUGCGUGCAUGCAUGGACCCAUUCUCCAAGCGGCGCAUUGCAAUGUUCGACUUGGGGAAGUCGCAUGGCGAUGUGACUGAAACCGAGUGGGUUGCCUGGUUCAUGGAAGCCCAAAACGAAGAACCGGUAGAGUUGGACGCGCUCAAGAGCCGUGCAAUUCGACAUGAGGAUCCUCGACGCAGACAGUCGAGUGAGUCGAAUGCUGGACAACCUGAUGCGCGCUCUCGAGGCAGACGGCCAAAAUUGGGUGCUGCAUCAAGAAAGAAACUGGUGGUGGGGAUCAUCACGAAGGCGAUCAAGCCUGCGUCACUGCAAGUUGCGGUUACGAAACAGUUGCAAUUGCAGCGAAACAAGGUCCUCAAGGCUGACGUGUUUCGUUUCAUCAAGUGGCUGCGGCAGUUCGCUGCUGGGUACCAGCUGUAUGGCGGUGUGGAUGAAGAGAAACCCGCCAAGGCACCAGUGGAAGCGCGGCCGAGGAGCGAGCAGCGACAGAGCUCUCGUGGCUACAGUCGUAUCCACGGCAGCAACGACAACAAACCAAAUGUUGCGCCAACUGUGCAUGGAGCCCUGAAGACCGACAAAGGAAGUUGGCACCGUGUCCGCGAACACCCCGGCAUCACCGACGACGAAGUAAAGAAACUGUUGGACGAGUUUUACGCCAGUCGUCGAGGUGUGAACGCCAUGAAGAACAGCGACAAGGGCAAGAGCAUGGAGUGCCGUGCCACGUUGGACGACGUGCUGGUGCUGCCCCGCGUGUUGCUGGACUCAGGCUUAGAUGAGUCCCUGAAGUCGAAUAGAUUGCUGCAGGCGGCGCUGGAGCGCCUGGGAUCAAGACUCAGCGUUGUGGACAAGCCAACUGUAAUGCUGAAGCCGUAUGGUGAGCACUCGCUGCCGCUCAAGGUGACGCGGCAAGUGCAGUUCAAGGCGCUGACCUUGGAGACGUCCAUUGGGCCCUUGGCUCUCCGUGGUUUGAAGGCUUGGAUGGACGAGCAAUCGCCGCAGAUCAAGCUCCUGAUCGGUCGACCUGUUAUGGAACGCCUCGGGUUUCGGUUGAUGGCAUGCUCGUGGGUGGCUGAAGAAGCGUCAAACCUGGGAAGUCGGCGAUUUGGGCGACGGUGA